CAAGUUAUACUAUCAAUAAUGGGAAUUUUCGAGAGUAUCAUCAGCUCCGCCGCGGAUAUAUUCCAAGGUGCAGAUGAGCGGUCUGUACGCAGACUGAUUGAAACAAUCCUCGAGCGCAUCAAGCGUUCUCCCGACCUCAUAAACCCUAAUUUACUUCUGGAAACUGUCAUAACCCUUACCAAGUCUGUCCUCGCCGCUGUAUUUGGAGCGGUCGGAAGUGUCUCAAGCAUACGAGAGGCUGUGUUCAAGAACGAGAUCAAUGCAACGACCCUGAUUCUAGUCAGAGACCAGGCUGCUGAGCUAGUGAAUUUUGUACUGGACCUCGCAGAGGCUUCAAAAUGCUACUACAUGACCGAUGGAAAGUAUGAUUCGGAGAAUGAGCAUGUGCUGUAUGCCGAAUUCAACGAACUUGACUUCUCUAUGCACAGGAACCGACAUGCUGCAAUAUGUCAAAUUCAAAGAUUGACAAAAUCGGUUAUCUACAUCCUGAAGAACCUGUACAAGCCCGUGAGAUUCACAGAUAUCCACAUGAGUGAGGAAACCACACUUCAGAGCGACCUUGUAAGUAACAGCAGCGGGACAAAGAAAAGUCCAGCUGAAGAAGAGGAUAUGAUUACAGGAGAUGAGAAAUGGUUCUUCAUUAAUGGAAUUGGCGGAGAGAUAUUCUGGCUGGAGCUUGCCUGCGAUAAAUUGAGAGCAAUGUUCUCAAGGGAGAUCAAUGGGAUUUUCAACAGGGGCGAUGGUCUCCUCUGGGAUCUCAUCGAGUGCGCAGGGCAAAGAAACUCAUACCUGCAGAACCCUGAUACAAAUAGCACAACGACGAACACAGAUGUGGAUGGAGUUGUAGGUGGGCAAAGAAAUCUUAUUGACAGCACAGCCAGUAGCAAAGAGGCUCAAAAGGUCCUCCACACGGAGCUCCUAAAGGCACUGGAAGAAGCUCCUGCGACACAACAUGUUAUCAUAAUCGCUCAUUCUCAAGGGUGUCUUCUCCUCCGUUGUGUUCUGGAAGACUUGAUCACUGCUGCAACAAAGAACUCCACCAUUAGGGGCAAACUACAAGGACAACUUUGCGUUUUCACCUUUGGAAAUCCGAGCCUGCACUGGAAAACCCAGGGUAAAUAUCCUAUUAUUGCUGAUACUGAUGGGACGAACCUUAGCUCACAUGUCCUCCGAACCGAACAUUUCGCUAACCGGCGAGACUUUGUGGCACGACUCGGUGUUCUGAGCGAAGAUUCCGAGUAUGGGUCAGACGAAAUAUUUAUCAACGAAAAUGAGGACUGGAUUGGUCAUCUUUUCGGUACACAGUACAGUUUUAACUCUGACCACUACCAAAAUUCGCACCAUCAACAUUCCUGGCUUUUGGGUUGUCGCUUUGGGAAGAAACUUAAUGAUGUUAAAAGUAAGCUCAAGCAUGUAUUACCCAUUUUACCAUUUCUUCUGGAAAAAUCACUCUAA